GGUGUUUACACUUUUACACCACACUAAAGUGAGUUGGCUUGAAAUUAACAAAGUAUUGUAGCCUGUGAUCCUUCUUUUGUGUGUAUUUCGACUAAAAUGUCUUACAAAAGCCAGGACACCAAUGAUAAUUUGGAUGAACAGUCCGCGCUAAAGGAGGAACUGAGCAAAAAGUUAAAAGAGCAGAAAGUUGUUGUGUACGAACUCUCCAAUCUGAGGAAAAAUCGGAAAGUCUACAUCCAGCAGAGGAAUAGUAACAUAUUUUUCGUGGCUGACAGAAAUAUAACGCUGGCGGCAAGCAAAAAGGAAGUGGAUGAUAUGAAAAAGAUGCUGCAGGAUAUGUAAAACUGCAACCAUGUGCGGCAUCUUCUGUCUGUUGAGUCUGUCGUCUGCUCAGUGUGAGCGGGCCAAAACAGUUGAUCAAUAUCUCAGCAGAAGAGGACCAAACUCGAGCCAAGAUCUCACAGUAGCAGGCACAAAUUCUUGCUGUCAGAUUUCAUUUUCUGCCCAUGUUCUUCACAUGAGGGGUCUCCUUACCCCUCAGCCAGUUCAAGAUGAUGAUGGAAACAUCCUAGUGUGGAAUGGAGAGAUUUUUGGAGGGCUGCCGGUAAUGGUGGAGGAAAAUGACACAGCUGUUGUGUCCCGGAAGUUGUCAUCCUGCAAGAGCCCUUCAGAGAUUCUUACUGUCCUGUCUACCAUACAGGGACCAUGGGGGUUUGUUUACUACCAGAAAGCUGGAGACUACCUCUGGUUUGGCAGAGAUUUCUUUGGGAGACGGAGUUUGCUUUGGAAAUUUGAUGAAAAAAUAUGUGCUUUGACCUUGACAUCUGUGGCAGCCCAGAUUUCUACACCUGAUCAGUCAAACUGGAAAGAAAUUCCAGCAGUUGGUGUUUACCGGGUUGAUCUGAAGGCAUUUGCAGAAACUGGCUCAGUGGCAUUUCAAAUUUUUCCUUGGGUUAAUGCUGGAAAUGAUGUAAUCUCUCCUUGCAUUGAAAAUAUACUGGAGUCUUUUCCCAGUGGCUGCAAUGCUGUGAUGAACCAAGAAGGCCUUGCUCUCACCUCACCAGUGUUUCCUCUAAAUAUGUCCCUACCAAAGUCAAUAGAUAAGACAGAAAUCCAUCCAGAUGCACAUGUGUCUCCCAGUGAUCUGGAGGAGUUGCUGGCGAGCAGAGAGAAAACUGAUGAGGUGAACAAUCUGAUCAAAGUCCUGAGUGAAGCCGUGAGGCGACGUGUUCAGUCUCUACCUUUAAAGACACAAGACCAUUCAGCUCUUACAAGUGGCGGUGCCAGUGUUGCUAUACUCUUUUCAGGAGGUAUUGAUUCAAUGAUCCUGGCUGCCUUAGCUGAUCGCCACAUACCUGUUGAUCAGCCAAUAGAUCUCCUCAAUGUAGCAUUUCAACUACAGGAGCCAAAAAAGCAGAAAGAGUCGGCCAAAAAACUCAAAAAGCACAGAAAGAAACCCACAGAUUCCAAUAUUGAUCAGGCUGGCUCUCAAACAUUUAGUCCAUUUGAUGUUCCAGACAGACUUACUGGAAAAGCUGGACUCAAGGAAUUACAAAAUUUGGAUCCUGAAAGACAAUGGAAUUUUGUUGAAAUCAAUGUAACACAGGAAGAGCUGCAAAAAAUGCGCCAGGAGCACAUCUGCCAUUUAGUGUAUCCACUGGAUACAGUACUGGAUGAUAGCAUUGGAUGUGCAGUAUGGUUCGCUGCAAGAGGGAGGGGAAUCAUCCCAGAGGACAGUGACCAGAAGCCCUUCACAUCAUCUGCUAAGGUCAUUUUGACUGGAAUUGGAGCAGAUGAACAGCUAGCAGGUUACUCCAGGCACAGAGUACGAUUUAAGAUGUCUGGACAUGAAGGACUCAUCCAGGAACUGGCCAUGGAGAUAGGAAGAAUAUCCUCCAGGAAUUUGGGCAGAGAUGACAGAGUGAUCGGAGACCACGGGAAAGAAGCUAGGUUCCCCUACUUGGAUGAGGAUGUGGUGAGCUACUUGAACUCCCUGCCUGUGUGGGAGAAGGCUGAUCUGUCACUUCCACGAGGUGUUGGGGAGAAACUCCUCUUGAGACUGACAGCAAAGCAGCUCGGCCUCGGUCCGUCAGCCGUCUUUCCCAAGAGAGCCAUGCAGUUUGGCUCCCGCAUUGCAAAAUUGGAAAACAGCCAUGAAAAGGCCUCUGACAAAUGCACAAGACUCGUCACUGGGUAGAUUAUAAAGGUCAUUUAUUAGAAAAUAUUAAUUAGAAAAUUAUGUGUUUGUAUUAAAGAUAUAUUUACGGUCACAAUUGGUGAGAUACAUACAUUUGUUCGGUGUUCAUAAAAUUUGCAUAGAAUUUCAUAACUUAAUCUCUUCCGGUUAUGAUUUUACUUGUUAAUUCGUGUUUCCAUUAAACCAUGUAAGACUUAACAUUUUUAAGUUUUUCCCUGAAGUAAAGGUCACAUUCAAUAUAGGAAGGCAAGUUUCCAACAUCGAAACGUCCAGAUAUUUGAUGAAUGUAAACUGGUUUCCUGAGAGAGGAAGAAACAUGGGAAUUUGGACAUGUUAACUAAUAUACUUGUUCAAAAAAAAAGCCUUUUUUUUAAAUUUGGAGCAGAUAAUUCUUUGCAUAUAGAAGAAUGAUUUAACUCCCCACAAUGAUUCAGCAUUCAAGGCAUUUCAAGUACACUUUUUUUUAAGUGAAACUGAAUUUGCAAUGAAAGGUAGCACUGCAAUGUUGGUGAUUCCAUUAAACAGUGUUUUUCUCAAAGGACACAUUAAAGAAUUUGCUGGAUAACUUUCUGAUUUAAACCCAGACCCUAAAUGUUUAUCGACGCAGCAGAAAUUACCUGGGAAUGAGCCAAGACACAAAGUUUCCUGGAGCAUCUUUCUCUUCAAUUGGAGCAUCCUGCAGAUGAAAGAAAGCUGUGUGAUUGUUUUAAAAAAAAAACAAUUUGAAUUUGUUUUACAUUCCUUUUUUUACCUUCUUUUCCUUGAGAAAGGCGUCUAACAGAGGAAUCGCCUUCUUUGAGAGCACAUAGAAACAAGGACACUUUAAAGAAAAGAAAGAAACAGCUGUUGGUUCACUGAAAAUUUGAGGGGGGAAAAAAGCACUAUGAUUACGCCCCUUGUAUACGUCAGGCAUGAGGAAGGAAUACAGUCAACCUACUGCUCUCCUUGACUUGGUUUCUGAAGGAAGAGGUUUCUCCUUCAUACAGAGGACACGGAAAUCAUCGCCUACUUCCAAUAUACCAUAUUUAUGGGUUUCUGUGGAGACACAUGCACACAGUAUUUAUGUACUAAUGUGAACAACUGGUAAAACGUCCUCCAGCUGCUCUUUAUCAGUGUGGCUUUUUAAAACACUCACCCUCCUCUUUGCACUCGUAGGAGAGGAUCAAGCAGCUGUCUUCACUCUGUGCUUGCACAUCUGCAAACCCCUCUUUAACUUUCCCAAGGCUAAAGUCUUCUUUAAAAAGGGUAUCACUGUUUAGAUGUACAGAUUUACAUUUCAAAAAAACAUUCAACAUCACAUUUUAUCAUGUAUUACUUUUAGGUUAACAAAGAUUUACCCUCCAAUAACUACAACAUGGUCUUCAAUAGUAAAGUGCUGAACUGCAAGCUGCAGGCAGGCCACCGCACCCAGACGCUCCUAAACGGGAAAUGAGAUUAAUAUGAAAGUCAGGUUUAAUCAGUGAAACGUUGGUAGACGUGUUGUGUUUACGUCAUUGCUUCUUGUCUUGUCACUGAGAAUCUUGACGUUUGUGAAAUGUGCAGCCCAUUCUUCAAAUGCAGCCUGGUAAAGAGCGUUGGUCUGUGCACACAAGAGAAGAUUAGGUUGUGUAUGAAUUAACAUGUCGCAUAUGGUUGCCAACUCCCUGAAAAAUAAAUAAGGGACACCUCAUCGGCAGGGCCAGCUAACCCGAUUGCCUUCACCUUUCCUGGCGUAGUGAAUUUUUUUAGACCCUUUUUUUUUUGUGAGGGAAACGAUUUUUUUUUACUAUUUAACUCUAAGCUGAAUUGAA